AGCAGGGCUUAGAUGUGUUAUCAAUGGAAUGGAGUGUGCACUCAGAUGAUUCACGAGAUGCAAGAGUUGAAACAGAGGUGCUUGACAUGCUACAACCUCACAAGAAUUUAAAAGAGCUUCAUAUCAAAGGCUACCUUGGUACAAUAUUUCCGACUUGGAUAGGAGAUCCUUUGUUCUCCAAUAUGGCUCACCUAAGUUUAAACAAUUGUGGAAAUUGUACAUUCUUGCCACCACUCGAACAACUGCUCUCCCUUAAAAAGCUUUUCAUUAGAGGUAUGAGUGCACUAAAGCAUGUCGGUUGUGAGUUUUAUGGGCAGGGUGGUGCCAAACCUUUUCCAUUACUAGAGACUUUAAGCUUUAAGGAUAUGCCGGAAUGGGAGUAUUGGUAUACUUUUGAAGAUAAGGAAGUUCAACCAUUUACUCAUGUUAUUGAGCUCUCCAUCAAAAAUUGUCCUAAACUUCUUAAAAUGCUGCCCAAUGAUCUACCUUGUUUGAAUAAUCUAGAUAUUACGGGGUGCCCGCAAUUCCUAGUUGAAGUUUCCAACCUUGUCCUCCCGUCACUCACAUCCCUGGUUAUGAAUGAUGUCCCUCUUACAAGCCUUCAAGUGGUCCUUGGGACGAGGAACAUGGUUGAUGAUGAAGUGAUGUUGGCAAAUGCAAAGUCUAAGCAUCCGAGUUCAAUAACUUCCUUAAGCAUUGGGAUGAUUAAGAAACUCGAGCUCUUGCCGAAAUGGGUUACUCAUGGGCUGAUGGAACUCAAAGCAUUAGAGAUCACAAGCUGUGAAGAACUCAAGACACUGUGGAAGAAUGAGGCAAGAGUGCAACACAGUCUCCCUACAUUCCGAUGUUUGAAAAUUAAAGGUUGCCCCCAGCUUGUUUCAUUGUUUGAAGAAGAUGAGGAUGAAGAAAACAAAGGGCAACAUGAGCAGCAGUAGCAGCAACGAGAGGGACUCCCUUGCAUAGUGGGGAGG